CCGUGUUUUGCCUGUGUUAGUGUACCUCAGUAAAAUGGCUGUAUCUCGCUGAGCCUCGUGCUGAUCUGAUCCAUUCCUCGGCUGUAGUCUAGUUCUGUAAUAGAACCCCCCACAAAUUUGUCGGUAAAUUCAUUUCUGGGAUUGGAAAUUACGUGACCAAGCGCCCUCAACACGGAACCCGACCGGAUGCCGGAUUCAGUCCGGUAGAAGGGGCAGGAAUGAGUCAGGACACGGAGAAAUUGUGGUAAACUAUUGUAUUUACAUUCAAUGUUUAGCGUUUGAUUGUGACUGACUCGCCGAGAGGGAGAGGGGUAUCAUGGCCGCUCAGGUCGCCAGCGCUACCACUCUCAACACCAGCCCGCCUUCAGAACUCAAAAAACCGGAUCGAGACCCAAAGGAGGAUUCGGUACCGGGAGACAAACAGCAUGAAAGUAAGGAAGCGGGAUUAGAGAGUGGAUCUCCGAGCCGGGGGGAACUGCAGGACGGGGCCGAUGUGGGAAAUGCAGGGGGAGGAGGAGAGUCGGAGAUGAAGAACGGUAACGGGAAUCCGUCUCGGGUAAAUAAUAAUCAGAAUGAUUCCGCGGGGCCCGACGGGAAUAAUCAUCCCGGGAUGGUACACCAUCAUGCAUCCGCUUUUCCACCACCUUCAUAUGGUUACAGUCCGCACUACGGUCGGGCCCCUUUUCAUCAACAUGGCGGACAACAAAGCCCUGGCAUGGCAGCUGCAGCGGGGCCAGGCGCGCUGUCGAGCAACAUGAUGGACCCAUAUCAGCCCAAUUCUCAUGAUCACAGCUUUCCCAAUCACCAGUUCAACAACUACAGCCCAUUCCCUAACAGAACCCCCUACCCCGGCCAAGGAUACGCAAUGAACUCCCCGCGAAACGCUCAAGCUCAGGCGGCAGGGGGGCAGGCAGCCAAGCAACAGACAGCGGGAGGAUCUGCUAUGGCUGCAUCAUACAAUAACCCGAGAUAUAAUAUGGGAAAUCCGCAGCCUACUGCCACACCAACUCUCAACCAACUUCUAACAUCCUCAAGCUCAACGAGGGGCUACCCAAACUAUCCACCAAGUGAUUAUAACAACCAGGAAGGGGGUAACAAGGGACCAACAGACUUGGGCAGUAGCGGCCAGUAUGGUGGGGGCCAUCCGGGUUGGCAACAAAGGACACAUCACCCGCCACCCAUGAGCCCGGGAAGUACAGGGCAACCACUGGGUAGAAACCAGCCUCCAGGCUCCAUGGAUCAGUUGAAGAUGCGAGGGCAGCCGUACGGCCCCGCGGGCCCCUACUCCCAGCAGCCCCACCAGGGCCCUCCUGGUCCCCAACAGGGUGGGCCCUACCCUGGGCAGGGCUACGGACCCCCAGGGCCCCAGCGCUACCCCAUGGGCCUGCAGGGACGCAUGCAGUACGGACAGCAGAUGGCCGGUUACGGCCAGCAGGGACCAGGUGGCUACGGAGGCCAGGGCCAGCAGCCCUACUACGCCCAGCAGGGCCAGCACCCGCACCCGGGCCCACAGCCCUCCCCUUACGGCCAGCCCCCCGGCUCCCAGCCCGGGGCCCAGACCCCCUACGGCCAGCCGCCCCACCCCGGCCAGCCGCCCUCCGCUCAUGGCCCCGGGGGCCCCGGCUACCCUGGGCAGCCUCACAUGCCGCCCCACGCCCAGGGCCCCAUGGGCGGGCCCUCGCAGGGUCCGCCCCAAUCCCAGGGCCCGCCGUACUCUCAAGGCCAGCACCCGCAGCAGCCGGGGCCCCAGCAUCCCCAGCAAGGGCCCCAGCAUCCCCAGCAAGGGCCCCAGCACCCCCAGCAAGGUCCGCACCCCCAGCAAGGUCCGCACCCCCAGCAAGGUCCGCACCCCCAGCAAGGGCCACAGCAUCCCCAGCAAGGGCCCCAGCAACACCCUCAAGCACCACAGCAGCAGCAACCGCAGCCUCAGCAUCCACCAGGACAGGGGCAGGGGCCGGGCCCGAGCCCGGGGCAGCAAGGUCCUCCCCAGGCCAGCCAGUCCCCUUACUCUGCCCAGCAACAGCAGCAGUCGUCUCAGCAGCAGCCCCCCCAGAGCCAGCCCCAGGCCCCGCCGCAGUCGCAGGCGAGCUCUCAGGCUCCUCCGGCCUCGCAGGCCCAGCCCAGCUACCCUCCGCAGCAGCAGCAGCAACAGCAGCAGCAGGGCACCGUGCCUCCCUCUUCUCAGGGGCCGCCCACCCAGACCUCCACGGCCUCCUCUGCCCAGCAGCAGGCCCCGGGGCACGGGCCGUCUGGACCGUCCGGACCUUACUCGCAGAACGCUCAGCAGCAGCAACAGCAACAAACACCGCAGCAGCAGCAGUCGCCUUAUCAGCGAUUUCCUCCUCCUCCACCUCAGCAGGAGCUGUCCCAGGAGUCCUUCAGCUCCCAGUCCUCCAGUGCUCCGGCGUCCAACCCGCCGCUGGCCUCCAGCAGCAAGAGUGCCACUGGCUCGGAGGACGCUGCUGGCAUGCAGGGGCGGCCCUCCAGCCUCCCUGACCUGUCGGGCUCCAUCGAUGACCUGCCCACGGGCGCGGAGAGCGCGCUCAGCCCGGGCGUGAGUACGCCGGGCGUGUCGAGCAGCCAGGGUGAGCAGAGCAACCCGGCGCAGUCGCCCUUCUCGCCACACACCUCGCCCCACCUGCCAAGCAUCCGCGGGCCCUCGCCCUCCCCCGUGGGUUCGCCCGCCAGCGCCAAUGCCUCCCGCUCCGGACCCCUCUCGCCCGCCACCAUGCCAGGGAACCAGAUGCCCCCACGGCCACCUAGCGUGCAGUCGGACGGGAUACUUCAUCCCUCCAUGAACCAGUCUGCUAUGGCCCAGGAGAGAGGCUUCAUGCAGCGGAACCCCCAGAUGCCCUACGGGUCUCCCCAGUCAGGCUCUGCCUUAUCGCCGCGCCAGUCGCCCGCAGGCCAGAUGCACCCUGGGAUGGGGCCCUACCAGCAGAACAGCUCCAUGGGCAACUACGGACCCCAGGCAGGCCAGUACGGACCUCAAGGUUACCCACGGCAACCUGGCUACGGUGGCAUGCCCAACGCCAACUACCCUGGCCCGGGCAUGGGCGGCUCGAUGAACCCCAUGCCCGGCCAGGGCGGCGGCCCCCCCUACGGCAGGAUGCCCCCGGGGCAGAUGGGCGUCCGGCCCCCUUACGGGCCCAACAUGGGCCCCAACAUGGGCAACAUGCCCACCCAGGUGGCCUCGGGCAUGUGCCCGCCCCCCGGCCUCAACAGGAAGGGGCCGGAGGCGGCAGCAGCGGCCGCCGCGGCCAUGCAGCACGGAGCCACCAACUCCAUACACAACAGGCUGCCAGGUUACCCCAACAUGUCGCCAGGCAUGAUGGGUAGUGGCCCUCCCUACGGCCCCUCCAUGAACAACAUGCCGGGCAUGAUGAACACCCAGGGCCCCCCCUAUGCCAUGGGCGGCAACAUGGCCACCAACAUGGCCAACAACAGCAGUGGUAUGGUUCCCAGCCCAGAGUUUGGCAUGGAUGGCAAGAUGAACCAGGCCCAGAAGAUGAACAACAAGGUGGACCCCACCCCCAAACAGGACACCCCCAAAUCCAAGAAGUCCAACUCCUCGACGACCACCAACGAGAAGAUCACGUGCCUGUACGAGAUGGGGCCGGAGCCGGAGCGCAAGAUGUGGGUGGACCGCUACCUGGGCUUCAUCGAGGAGAAGGCCAUGGGCAUGAACAACCUGCCCGCCGUCGGACGCCGGCCCCUCGACCUCUUCCGCCUUUAUGUGUCUGUUAAGGAGAUCGGAGGCCUCACGCAGGUGAAUAAGAACAAGAAGUGGCGUGAGCUGGCCACCAACCUGAACGUGGGCACGUCCAGCAGCGCAGCCAGCUCGCUGAAGAAGCAGUACAUCCAGUGCCUGUACGCCUUCGAGUGCAAGAUCGAGCGCGGGGAGGACCCGCCGCCGGAGUUCUUCAACACAGACAGCAAGAAGAACCAGGCCAAGGUCCAGCCGCCUUCACCCGCCGGUUCGGGCUCUCUGCAAGGCCCCCAGACGCCCCAGUCCACCACCAGCUCCAUGGCCGAGUCCGGAGACCUGAAGCCCCCCACCCCGGCCUCCACGCCCCACCCCCAGAUGCCGCCCAUGCAGGGGGGCAGGAGCAGUGUGAACCUGCAGGAUCCAUUUUCUGAUGACCCUGGCUUCGCCCGGAGGACCCCCACCUCCACCUACCAGCCCGGCAUGCCCAACCCCGACAUGCCCUCUCGCAUGGGGCCCUACGAGCCCAACAAGGACCCCUUUGGGGGCAUGCGCAAAGUGGGAGAGCAGUUUAUGCCUUCUGGACAAGGGCCCAACAGUGGUAUUGGAGAGCCCUUCAACCGUGGCCCCCCAGGGCCGAUGGGAAGCAUGCCCCCCAUGGGUCAGAGGCAGCAGUACCCCUACGGCCCCGGAUACGACCGCAGGCCUGAAGGUGGUAUGGGCCCAGAGGGCAGUAUGGGUCCAGGGGUGCCUCAGCCAAACAUGAUGCCUUCAAACACUGACACGGGGAUGUACUCGCCAAACCGCUACCCUCCCCAGCAACAGCGGCACGAUUCCUAUGGUAAUCAGUAUCCUGGUCCAGGGGCGCCACCUGGUGGUCCGUACCCCAACCAGCAGUCAGGAAUGUACCCCCAGCAACAACCGAACUACAAGCGGCCUGGUGAUGGUGCCUACCCGCCAUCGAAGCGUCACGAGGGGGAGAUGUACAGCGGGCCCUUCACUUCCCAGCAACAGCAGCAACAGGCACAGCAGCAGCAGCAACGUGAACAGCAGCAACAACGUGAACAGCAACAACAACGGGAACAACAACAGCAGCAGCAAGUGCAGCAGCAGCAGCAGCAAGCGCAACAACAACAACAACAACAAGCGCAACAGAGAGAGCAGCAGCAGCAGCGGGAACAGCAGCAACAACAAGUGCAACGGCAGCAGCAACAACAACAACAACAACAACAGCAGCAAAGAGAGCAACAGCAGCAGAGGGAGCAGCAGCAGCAGCAAGAGCGUGACCGGGAGCAGCGGGAGAGGGAGCGCGAGCGGGAGCAGUCGUCCACUCCGCUCUCCGCUGCCUCGACCGGCUCCGCCUCCAGCUCCACCUCUGAGCCCAGAGCCUCAGGCCCCGGAUCCGGUCCAGGACACGCCCCCAGUCCAGGUCCAGGCCCGGGUUCUGGAUCUGGAUCUGGACCUGGAUCAUCUGGCUCUGGCUCUGGCUCUGGCCCAGGCUCUGGUCCCAGCUCUGGCCCUAACCAGCAGCCGGAGAUGUUAAGCCAUGGUCCAGGUCACGGGCCGGGGCAUGGGCCCGGUCACGGUCCAAGUCACGGGCCGGGUCACGGUCCAAGUCACGGUCCAAGUCAUGGUCCUGGUCACGGCCACGGUCACGGACAUGGCCAUGGUCACGGGCCGUUCGGCGGUGGCUACAGCGGGUCCGAGCGGAGGCCCCAAGGCGGCCAGUUCCCAUACCCCUUCGGCCGGGAGCGCAUGCAGGGCGGCUCGGGCCCAGGCUCCCAGGGCUCCAUGUCCUCCCAGAUGAUGGGCAGCUCCAUGCAGUCGGGCCCCGACGGCCCCCAGUCAGGCAUGUGGCAGGGCCGAGGUGGUGGUAGUGGUGGUGGUGGUGGAGGCCGGGAUGGGGGUGGUGGAGGCGGAGGCGGAGGAGGAGGUGGAGGCGGAGGAGGAGAGAUGGGCUUCUCCAACUUCCCCAACCGCCAGGGCCCCAACCAGCAAGGCGGGCCUGGCUUCCACCACGGCAUGAACCGCUCGGAGGAGAUGAUGUCGUCGGGCGAGCGGAUGAACCACGAUGGCCAGUGGCAGGGUCAGAUGGGGCCGCGGCAGCCCCCCUACGGCGGGGGAGGCUCGGGACCCAUGGGCCGCUCCAUGCAGUCCAACUACCAGUCGCCGCAGUCCAUGCAGAACCACAUUCCACAGGUGUCCAGCCCCUCGCCCAUGCCCCGGUCCAUGGAGAGCCGGACGUCGCCCAGCAAGUCCCCCUACAUGCAGGGCGGCAUCAAGAUGCACAAGGCCGGGGCGCCGGUGCCCGCUUCGCACAUAGUGCCCUCGGCCAUGCAGUCGCCGCUCAUGCGCAGGGACAUGCCCUUCCCGCCGGGCUCCGUGGAAGCCAGCCAGCCAGUGCUCAAAUCCCGCCGACGCCUCACCAUGAAGGACAUCGGCACACCAGAGGCGUGGAGGAUAAUGAUGUCUCUCAAGUCGGGGCUGCUGGCUGAGAGCACCUGGGCCUUAGACACCAUCAACAUCCUGCUCUAUGACGACAACAGCAUCUCCACUUUCAACCUCUGCCAGCUUCCUGGCUUCCUGGAACUGAUCGUGGAGUACUUCCGGCGCUGCCUGAUCGAGAUCUUCGGCAUCCUGCGCGAGUACGAGGUGGGCGACCCGGGCCAGCGCACGCUGCUGGACCCCAACGCCCUGGUCAAGCUGGAGGCCAAUGGCUGCCUGGACGACCUGGUGGAGGCCAUGGAGGAGGGCGGGGACGAGGAGGACGAUGAGGACGAGGACGUCACCGAACCGCAGCGUGCCACCUCCUCAGCAGACAACGCCACCACUACCACGGUCAAGCAGGAGGAGGACCGCGAGAGGGCCAUCGACGGCGAGGACACGGCUGGCAAGACCGGCGAGGAGAAAGCCAAGGAGGCCACGUCGUCGUCCUCAAAGGAAGCUAGCAGCGGCAGCGCCACAGGGGCUACGGCGUCCUCUUCGGCGUCUGACCCGGCUGCGCAGGAGUCGCCACGGCAGGCCAGCAAGUUUGACAAGCUGCCCCUGAAGGUGGUGCGCAAGAAGGACCCGUACGUGCUGGACUGCUCGUCGCGCCUGGGCCGGGUCACCGAGUUCGACAGCGGCCUAGUGCACUGGAGCGUGGGCGGCGGCGACACCACUGAGCACAUCCAGACCCACUUUGAGAGGCGGCGCGACCCCCCGACGCUGGCCCCUGCCACCACCAAAACCACCACCAGCCCUGCAGCGACCACCACCACCACCACCUCCACGUCCUCCAGCACCCAGGGUCAGCCCCUAUCUUCCAGCAGCAGCACUAACAACAUCAGCAGUAGCAGGAGGAGAGCAGCAGGCAAAGACAAGGACUUGUCAGCCACCGCCAGAGAAGACAAGAGCACUGAGGAGGAGGGAAAGCCUUCAUCAUCAUCAUCCUCCUCCUCAUCCUCAUCCUCAUCGACAUCGUCAUCAUCGAAGGCAGCCAGCAGCACUUCAGAGGCCCGCAAGGAACGCGGCUCUUCCUCGGACGCCACGAACGACAUGCCGGCGGCGUCCACGUCCACGUUACAGAAGGACGGCGGCAGCGGAUCGGCGGAGAGGGCAGCCAGUCCGUGUCUUGGCGUGCUGACGGACCCCAUCAUCCCGCGGCGCGUCACCACGGUGCUGGAGGACGAGCCGCACAGCAAGGACGAGGCGCCGCUCAGCACGCUGGCCGACUGGCAGGACUCGCUGGCGCGGCGCUGCGUCUGCGUCUCCAACAUCGUGCGCAGCCUGUCGUUCGUGCCGGGCAACGACGCGGAGAUGUCCAAGCACCCGGGCCUGCUGCUGCUGCUGGGGCGACUGGUGCUGCUGCACCACUGGCACCCCGAGCGCAAGCAGGCGCCGCUCACCUACGAGAAAGAGGAGGAGGCCGACGAGAGCACGGGCACCGACGCCGACGAGUGGUGGUGGGACUGCCUGGAGCUGCUGCGCGAGAACUGCCUGGUGACGCUGGCCAACAUCUCGGGCCAGCUGGACCUGUCGCUCUACACGGAGAGCAUCUGCCUGCCGCUGCUGGACGGCCUGCUGCACUGGGCCGUGUGCCCGUCGGCCGAGGCCCAGGACCCCUUCCCCACGCUGGGCGCCAACGCCGCGCUCUCCCCGCAGCGCCUGGUGCUGGAGACGCUCAGCAAGCUGAGCAUCCAGGACAACAACGUGGACCUGGUGCUGGCCACGCCGCCCUACCACCGGCUGGAGCGUCUCUACGGCAACCUGGUGCGGCUGGUGGGCGAGCGCAAGGUGCCCGUGUGCCGGGAGAUGGCGGUGGUGCUGCUGGCCAACCUGGCGCAGGGGGACAGCAUGGCGGCGCGCGCCAUCGCCGUGCAGAAGGGCAGCGUGGGCAACCUGCUGGGCUUCCUGGAGGACAGCCUGGCCGCCACGCAGUUCCAGCAGAGCCAGAGCUCGCUCAUGCACAUGCAGUCGCCGUUCGAGCCCACCAGCGUGGACAUGAUGCGGCGGGCGGCCCGCGCGCUGCACGCCAUGGCCCGGGUGGAGGAGAACCACUCGGAGUUCACGCUGCACGAGUCGCGGCUGCUGGACCUGUCCGUCUCGCCGCUCAUGAACUCGGUGGUGUCGCAUGUCAUCUGUGACGUACUCUUUCUGAUUGGCCAGUCAUGACAGCCGGGGGGAGCCGUGGCUCCACCUUAAUAAACCUCUUCCUGGUUUGUCACCUCCCCCCCUCCCCUCCCCCCCCUCGUUCCUCUUCCUCCUCCACCGUGCCCCAAUGCUCUUCCCUCCUCCUGAACAUGCCCCGCCCCCCUGUGCAUAACCCCAGCCCUCCUUUCUCCUCCCAUGAUGCACUGGUGCUGUGUAAAGAAAAGGGGAGCGAGUGGGGAAGGAAAGAUACUUCUUUGUUUUUUUGUUUGUUUGUUUGUUUUUUCUUUGGUCCCGCCCCUCCUUCCUCCCUUCCUUUUUAUUCACCCCACCCUCCAUUGCCUCCCCUUUUUUUAAUUUAUGCAAAUCUUCAGUUCCUCAGUCCCCCCCCUCGCUCUCCUCUCAUCCUCCUGUUCCGACCGUUCGAUUCCACGUCUCCUUCGCUGUGCCUCAGUGGAAGAGAUGAUGUCAUAAAGAGUUGCUGUGGAUACUGACCUGCUGUGUGGUAAACUGGCACACGCUGAACUCUGAAUCCCCCCACCCUCCACCCCUGACUAAGAUGACACGGACCCCUGGUGUAUAAACCUUUGCUGCCCACAAAACAGGGGGAGGUUUGCGGAAGAUGAGGGGAAUUCUGGGUAGGGGAAUACUCUUAUUGUUAUUUUUUAAUAAAAAAAGUUAAAAUAAAUAAACUAAAUAAAUAGUUGACAGAACACAAAACCACAAAAACACACACCUGAAAAAAAAAACCACCACACACAAAAAAGGACAAACUUAAAAAGAACUGUAACCAAAGUUGCUGUCACGUUUACAGUGAGUUUGGGAAAAGGAGGAGAGCAGGGGUGGCUGUUUCUGUGUGUGUGUGUGUCUCACCCUGGCCCAGUCUCUCUCUUUGGGGGAAGAGGGGCGGCAGGCCGGGGAGGGCCAUCCAUGGAGCGGUCCAGGCUCCGGUCCGUCAUCGGAGUCCAAGCAGACUUGAGAGAUGCAGCAUGUGGGAGGGUUGUGUGUGGCCUCUCUGGAAAAUGGUGGGCGUUGUCACUGGGGGGGCAGCGCCAACACCACCACCAGGUCCCUUUCUCAUUGGACAAGAGCAGACGUCAUAGAGAGGGGAGGUCCGGGCAGUAGAUUGUAGUCAUAUUUUUUUUGUUUGUUUUUUGUACAGUGCUUAUUACAACUGUACCCUUUCUGUAACACUGUUUCACAUUGAGAUGAUAUGAUGAUGAUGAUGAUGAUGAUGAUGUUCAUGAUUAUGAUGACGCUGAUAAUUAUGAUUACUCAACGAUAGUUUUUAAAAGUGGGGGGUAAAAGAGGAAAAAAAAACACACACAUACACAAGAAGUUUUUAACGGUGAAGAGAAGAAGCUCCAGAAAAGCUUUCUCCCCAAAGGAUCGAGACCCUACAACACCCUUACCUCCUCUCUUAAAAAAAGCAAACCCUUGAUUGUAUGAAUUGACCCUUAUGGAAAAGAAAUCACAUUUUAGGACUGAUUUUCAACUUAAGAAACAGCGUGGGCUGUUGUGUAAAUAAGAUGUUGUACAUUACACUUUCUCUCUCUCUCUCUCUCUCUCUCUCUCUCUCUCUCUCUCUCUCUCUCUCUCUCUCUCUCUCUCUCUCUCUCGCUCUCUCUCUCGCUCUCUCUGUUCCCUAUCCCACUCCCCCUACUUCUCUCUUGCUCUCUCGUUCUCUCCUCUAAUUCCUCUUGCCCUCUUUUCCUCUCUCUCUGUCUCUCCCUGUCCCUCUCACUCUUUGUCACAUUCUUAUGCUACUUCUCACUGUUUUUAUCUAUGAAGAAUGGACAUCCACACUUGAGUUGGGUUCAUUGCAUCAGAAACUCUCUAGGUAUAUCAGAUCCCCUCCUCCCCCUCCCCUCCCCCUUCGGCUUCUCUCCACCGCUCCUUCUUAGAACAGCCGACACAGCUGAAAUAUUUUAAUUUCAUCUUGUGGUACAACAAAAUAAACUCUAGAUGAAGAAACACAGAAAUUUGAGAUUUUUUUCUCUCUCUCUCUCUUGCUCUCUCUCUCUCUCUAUCUCCAGUGAUAUGGAUUCUGCAUAUUUGUAUUUCAGACUAUGUAGCUAAAAACUUAAUGUAAAUUCCUUUCCCCCCCUUUUUGGCUCAAUGAAUAUCAUUUAUUCAGUAUGAAAUCUUUAUACUAUAUGUUCCAUGUGGUAAGAAUAAAUGUACAUUAAAUCUUCGUAAGAUGUU